AGUCAGACUCCAUUUUGAGUCGACAGAGCAGGAGGAGGGAAACUGAAGGCUGAGGCAGAACUGACUUCAGAUCAGAAGAUGAGUGUUUGUGUGGAGGAAGAGGAGGACAGAGCAGAGUCUGCAGCGUCCAGCUGUCUGUCUAUGAAGAGUGACUGGUCCAGAGAUAGACCUCCAUUGUUCAGUAAUGAACCUGGACCCUCAGACUCAAAACUGACUUCAGAUCAGAAGAUGAGUGUUUGUGUGGAGGAAGAGGAGGACAGAGCAGAGUCUGCAGCGUCCAGCUGUCUGUCUAUGAAGAGUGACCAGUCCAAAGAUCUUCCUCUAACCUUCAGUAAUGAACCUGGACCCUCAGACUCAAAAGAGAGGAAGAGGAGUUGCUGUGUUUUGUGUCGGGACGUCCUGAAGGAUCCGGUCUCUACCAGCUCUGGACUCUGGUUCUGCAGACAGUGCAUCACCUCAUACUGGGACCAGUCUGCUUCAUCAGGAGACGCCUCCUGUCCCCAGUCUGGAGAAAGACCCAGAACAAGACAAACAGAUGGUGGUCUGCAGGAGGUUUUAGAUGAACAUAAGAUCGGUCUGAGGAGGAGAUGUGAACGUGUGACUGAAGGAACUGAUGAACCAGGAAGUGGAACCCUCCUCAACAGGAUCUACACUGAGCUCUACAUCACAGAGGGACAGAGUGAAGAGGUUAAUACCCAACAUGAGGUGAGGCAGCUUGAGACAGCUUCCAAGAAGAAGACCUUCCAUGACGCUCCAAUCAGGUGCCACGACAUUUUUAAAGCCUUACCUGACCAACAGAGACACAUCAGAGUGGUUCUGACGAACGGCGUCGCUGGCGUUGGAAAAACCUUCUCAGUGCAGAAGUUCACUCUGGACUGGGCAGAGGGCUCGAACAACCAAGAUGUUAGUCUGGUGGUUCUACUUUCGUUCAGGGAGCUGAACCUGAUCAAAGAUGAGCAGUACAGUCUUCUCAGGCUGCUCCAUGUUUUCCAUCCAACAUUACAGAAGGUCACAGCAGAGCAGCUCACUGUCUGUAAACUUUUGUUCAUCUUUGACGGCCUGGAUGAAAGCAGACUUUCACUGGAUUUCCACAACAAUGAGGUUGUGUCUGACCUCACACAGAAGUCUUCAGUCAACGUGCUGUUGACAAACCUCAUCAAGGGGAAUCUGCUUCCCUUGGCUCUCAUCUGGAUAACUUCCAGACCUGCAGCAGCCAAUCAGAUCCCUCCUGAAUGUGUUGACAGGGUAACAGAAGUACGAGGCUUCACUGACGCCCAGAAGGAGGAGUACUUCAGGAGGAAAGUCACUGAUGAAGAUCUGUCCAACAGAAUCAUCUCACACAUCAAGACCUCCAGGAGCCUCCACAUCAUGUGUCUAAUCCCAGUCUUCUGCUGGAUCACUGCUACAGUUCUGGACCACAUGCUGACUACAGACCACAGAGGAGAGCUGCCCAAGACCCUGACUGACAUGUACUCACACUUCCUGCUGGUUCAGACGAAGAGGAAGAAGCAGAAGUAUGAUGAGGGACAUGAGACGAGUCUACAGGAGCUGAUGGAGGCUGACAGGAAGGUUCUUCUGAAGCUGGGGAGGCUGGCGUUUGAACAGCUGGAGAAAGGAAACAUCAUGUUCUACCAAGAAGACCUGGAGCAGUGUGGUCUUGAUGUCACAGAGGCCUCGGUGUACUCAGGAGUUUGUACCGAGAUCUUCAAAAGAGAGAGUGUGAUCUUCCAGAAAACAGUCUACUGCUUUGUUCAUCUGAGCAUUCAGGAGUUUCUGGCUGCAGUCUACAUGUUCCACUGUUACACCAACAGCAACACAGAGGUACUGAAGGGUUUCCUGGGACAAGAAUAUGUUAAUCCAACUCUAGACGUCUUCCUGAGGGAAGCAAUGAAGAAAUCCCUGAGGAGUGAAAAUGGCCACCUGGACCUGUUUGUUCGCUUCCUUCAUGGCCUCUCUCUGGAAUCCAACCAGAGGCUCUUAGGAGGCCUGCUGGGUCAGACAGACAACAGUCCAGAAAUGCUCCAGAGAGCCAUCAACAACCUGAAGAAGAUGAACAGUGCUGAAAUCUCUCCUGACAGAAGCAUCAACAUCUUCCACUGUCUGACGGAGAUGAACGACCACUCAGUCCAUCAGGAGAUCCAAGAGUUCCUGAAGUCAGAGAACCGAUCAGAGAAGAGACUCUCUGACAUCCACUGCUCAGCUCUGGCCUACAUGCUGCAGAUGUCAGAGGAGGUUCUGGACGAGUUGAACCUGAAGAAGUACAACACAUCACAUGAGGGACGACGGAGACUGAUUCCAGCUGUGAGGAACUGCAGAAAGGCUCUACUUUCUGACUGUGGACUCUCAGAGACUCACUGUGAAGUCUUGGCCUCAGCUCUGAAGUCCAACCCCUGCCAUCUGAGAGAGUUGGACCUGAGUGACAACUACGACCUGGAGGAUUCAGGAGUGAAGCUGCUGUCUGCUGGACAGGAGAGUCCACACUGUAGACUGGAGACUCUGAGAUUGAGGCGCUGCAGGUUGUCAGAGAUCAGCUGUUCUUCUCUGGCCUCAGCUCUGAAGUCCAACCCCUCCCAUCUGAGAGAGCUGGACCUGAGUGACAACUACAACCUGAAGGAUUCAGGAGUGAAGCUACUGUCUGGUUUUCUGGAGAGUCCACACUGUAGACUGGAGACUCUGAGAUUGAGUUACUGCAGUUUGUCAGAGAUCAGCUGUUCUUCUCUGGUCUCAGCUCUGAAGUCCAACCCCUCCCAUCUGAGAGAGCUGGACCUGAGUUACAACAAGCUGCAGGAUUCAGGAGUGAAGCUGCUGUGUGGUUUUCUGGAGAGGCCACACUGUAGACUGGAGACUCUGAGUUUGAGUCGCUGCAGUUUGUCAGAGAUCAGCUGUUCUUCUCUGGUCUCAGCUCUGAAGUCCAACCCCUCCCAUCUGAGAGAGCUGGACCUGAGUAACAACAACCUGCAGGAUUCAGGAGUGAAGCUGCUGUGUGGUUUUCUGGAGAGUCCACACUGUAGACUGGAGACUCUGAGAUUGAGGGAGUGCAGUUUGUCAGAGAUCAGCUGUUCUUCUCUGGUCUCAGCUCUGAAGUCCAACCCCUCCCAUCUGACAGAGCUGGACCUGAGUUUCAACAACCUGAAUGACUCAGAAGUGAAGCUGCUGUCUGAUCUUGUGGAGAGUCCACACUGUAGACUGCAGACUCUGAGAUGUUUGUGAUCUCAGUCAGACUGUGAGCGGUGAGGAAGGAGGUUGUGUUGGAGGAUCCGCUGUGUCCUGAUGAUCCAGAGAGGUUGAAGCAGCAGCAUCACUUCACACAUAGAAGUGGUAUUGGGUCUGUCCUAGGUUUCUGCCUUUUAACAGGCAGUUUUUCCUUGCCCCCGUCGCCAAGUGCUUGCUCAUGGUGGUACUGUUGGGUCUCUGUAAUUAAUCUUUUAAAGAGUUCGGUCUAGACCUGCUCUAUUUGAAAAGUGUCCUGAGAUAACUUCUGUUAUGAAUUGGCGAUAUACAAAUAAAAUUGAAUUAUUGCAGUGCGUGAUACUGCCUCACUAUAAUGUCAUGUCAUAUAAAAAAAUACAAAAUGUCUGACAGGAAAUGUACUUUUAGUCUUUGUCAGCGUGCACAUGUUUAUUGAGAAUGGGAUGUCUACAUGGCUGUGAGUCAGUGUGUUUGUAUUGUAAUACCUAUACUGAACAUCUUUAAUCUUGCCCUUGAUAAACACCCCCAAUAUUAAAAUAAGAUAAAAAUAAAUAAAACUAUUUUGAAACGUAA